UCUUGUGCACAGACACAUCUGGCUUGAACACUGUAAUGCUUUCCUCACAUUAGAUCGCUGAAUAAACUGUUAAUCAAACAGACAAAAACAAAGAUACAAAUACUGGCACACAAUUUUUUUUAACCUUGUUCUAUUGUUAAUGAAAUUGGAGUAUUUUAAAUAAGCAACAACAUGCCUGGCUUACCACAACACCCCACAGGUCUCAUUAACAAAGCGUGAAUACACACGGAUUUGAUCGUAGAGUAUGCGUGAGAAAAAUUCCAUGUGAACGUUCAUAUUUAUAAAAACUGUCUUUGACAUGGAAAAGGGCUUAGCGUCACGUCAGGGUCUGAGCAGACGUACGCACUUUUGCUUUUCCAAAUGCUGCAGUUUUUGGAAAUAUAAGCCAUUUUUGCCGCUCGUAAAGGAUUUGGAAGUUGCUUUUUCAAUGACAUCAAUUAGAUAUCGUUAAAAGGCAGAGAACUAUUCAUCUGCACACAAUUUCAAUAUAAUUUGCGAUUUAUAUAUUUCACAUCUAAAACAGAGGAAUGCACAUGUUUUCUUUUCUUACGUUCCUUCUAAAAAUCACACAUAUAUACAGAAAUGAUUGUAAAAUCAAAUUUAGGACUGUUUAUAUGCAACAUUUUAUAAAUGAGGCCCCAGUUGUCCAGUCAAUGUGGUUUCACCAGACAUGCUGCUGUGUCUUUAAUAGAUAAAAUAUAUAAAAGUCUAUUACAGUCCCCUAUGUCAUAUGUCUAUGGGCCAUUCUAUAGAAUUUGUGCAAACUGCUGUCCCACAUAAAAAACACAUUUAAAAAGCAUUCAAGUAUUAAAAUCUUAGUUAUUCCGACUUCCUGUGUGAGAACGCUGGUGCGCUUGUGCUGCCGCUUCACGUUGGUUAUGUUUGUUUGGUUUGUUUAUUGGCUAAUACGUUUUUGGAUAUGUUUCUGCUGGGAUUCGACAGCUCUGGAUUACUUGGAUUAUUUUCUGGACUACUCCAUUUCUUGCGACAUCUGAUUUGAUCUGAUGUGGGGUUGAACGAGCUCAGAUUUUUUGAAGUCAACUAUUAUGUGAUAAAAGUUGCGUUGAUGUCGACUAGUCGAUGACGUCAUUAAUAAAUAAAAUAAGAGCGAGGGAAUGAAUGUUUUGCAAUAGGAUUUGAUGGGUGUGGGCAGUAAAACACUUGUGUUUGUGUGGCUGUGGGAGAAUGGCAGAACUCCCGCAAAAUAGCCUCUAAAAAUAUAGUAUCCAAAUACAAAUGAACUGUUGUUCAUCUAUUGCACAAGAGCAACAACAACUAAACUAAAAUAAAACUAUUUUAAAGUGUGAGGUCGGUGGUAGUGGCGCUAUGCAGUUAAAGGGCAGCAGGUGGAUCUCUACAGCAGCCUAACGUUACUUCAGAUCUGAAGCGUGUGUACAGACCAAACUUCCCUGACAUUUACAACAAGUCAACUGAAAGGGUCAUUUGCACUAAUAGAUGAAACAACAGAAAAAUAUGUUGAGUUUGUUUGUGACGGCCUAUGACUUUAGAACAAUGUCAAUAUAUUUAUUAGCCUAAUGCAGCAGACGCUUUAUCAUAGCGGACUUAAACGCAGCACCAAUAUGAGAAACAUUUUUAUUUAUUCUGUUUCUUUCAUGUUUUAUAAAAUGGGGAACGAUUACAAAAAUAUCCUAUAAUAUUAAAAGAUCUGCAUGUAGAAGCACAGCGCACUGAAAUCUAUGUAACGUUAGGCUUUACCUGUGAGCUUUUGCGGCUUCAGAUCAAAUCGUGAAUGUUGCGGAUGAAAAGAGGACACAUUGUUAAUGAUGCGUGCGGUAGCAGGACAAGAUAACAUAUAUUAUUGCCAGUGUGGCAGAAUCCCGCUGAAGCAGGUGGGAAUGACAUGCCACGCGCAGCUCUAUUGGAACAGCCUCUUCUUAAAGGUACAGUGUCAAAAUCACAUGAACCGCGACUUGUCAACUAGUUCUUUCAACCCCAGUGAGUCUCCACUCUCUUUAUCAUUUUGUGGUGUCUACCUCGGUAUGGUUGAGUAGCCUUCCCUUCCGUGGAUUGUGUGGUCUGUGGAUUCGAUAUGGUUCUGGCUAACAUAGUUAAACCGAUUGUUGUGUGGUAUGUUGUUGUGUGGGUCCCAUUGGUUUUUGGUCAUGUCGACACGUAAUCAUUUGCAGGUUUUGUUCUUUGGUCUUUUUGUGCUGUUUUUGGCUGACGUUAAUAAAGAGACUUCUCCUGAGAUGAUUUCUUCUGCUCAACUUAGAACUUUAAAAGGAUCUCUCCCCUUGGCUCCGGACACUAAUAAAUGGUGUGAACAAAUAGGAAUUCUACGCCGACCCCGCUAAACACACCGUUUACGGAAGAAACUUCAGACUUAUCACUGCUUGUCUUCAAAUAGUAUUCCGGUGCUUCUAGUAAAACACAACAGGAAAUGGUGUAAUCAACUUUAGAAAUAUGAGACCAUUACGCUUCGAUCUCAUCUUUGGACACUGCAAAAUAGCAUCUACAGAUAUGCGAUGUGCGCUACUGGAAACUUGUUCUUUUACUGGUAAAGCAUUGGUGCUAAAUGACAUUAUCAUUGACGCAAAUCUGGACAUGCUACUUUUGACGGAAACCUGGAAGGUGCCCAAUGACGUUUUCAACUUAAACCUCUUAACUCCACCUGGGUACAUCUAUUUCUCUAAACCUCAUCUCCAUCGUAGAGGUGGAGGGUUGGCGGUAGUAUGUCAUGAGGGUUUCACAAUAUCUAAGAUUGAGUUCCAUGACGUAUAUUUUGAAUAUCUUGUAUUGAAAAUGACUGGCAUAACAUCUAGAAGCAUUUUGUCUGCCUAGCUAGCUGUACAUUUACAUUUAGUCAUUUAGCAGACACUUUUAUCCAAAGCGACUUACAGAGAGUUCAGGGAGCAAUAAGCGAUAUGACAAACAGGAGCAAUAAUACAAUAGGUGCUAAUACAAAUUUACUAGUUUCAACAAAAGUUAGACCACUACCCGUUGAGAGAAAGAGAGAGGGUUAGUGUUUUUUUAUUUAUUUGUUUGUCAAUUAUUCAUAGAAGAGAUGGGUUUUAAGUAGUUUUUUGAAUGUUGUGAGAGAUGUGGUUGACCAGACUGAGUUAGGAAGAAUGUUCCACCAGGAAGGAGUUGUGAAGGAGAUUGAGCGGGAAAGCGAUUUACUGCCCUUAUGAGAAGGCAAUACAAGACACCGCUGGUUUGCUGAACGCAGGGUUCUUGAUGGGGUGUAGGAGUGUAGGAGGGUGUAAAAGUAUGCCGGUGCAGAUCAAGUGAUAGUCCUGUAGGCAAGCAUUAGUUACUUGAAUCUGAUACGGGCUUCAACCGGUAGCCAGUGGAGAGAGAUUAAAAGGGAUAUCACAUGAGCCCUUUUGGGCUGUUGGAAGACGAGGCGUGCUGCUGCGUUCUGAACCAGCUGGAGUGGUUUCAUAGCCUUUGCAGGAAGACCAGCAAGGAGAGUAUUGCAGUAGUCCAACCUUGAGAUUACAGGGCCUGGACAAGGAGUUGUGCUGCAUGCUCAGUGAGAUAGGGUCUAACCUUUCUAAUGUUGAAUAAGGCAUAUUGGCAUUACCGCGUUGUCUUUGCAAUGUGAUCAUUGAAGGACAGCUGUUCAUCAAAUAUGACUCCGAGGUUCCUGGCUGUUUUGGAAGGAGGGAUUGUGGUAUUGUCAAGUUGUAUGGUGAGAUCGUGUUGCACCAUGGGGUUUGCCGGAAACACAAGUAGUUCUGUUUUGGCAGGGUUCAGAUGGAGGUGAUGCUCUUUCAUCCAAGCUGAGAUGUCUUCUAGGCAGGCUGUAUUGCGAGCUGCUACAGUGGUAUCGUCUGGGUGAAACGAGAUGUAGAUCUGGGUGUCAUCAGCAUAACAGUGAGGCAAGAAGCCGUGUGCCCGCAUGAUGGGUCCCAGGGAUGUCGUGUAGAUGGAAAAAAGCAGCGGUCCAAGCACCGAUCCCUGAGGGAACCCAGUGAUCAUUUGGUGAGCAGUGGACAGCGAGCCCCUCCAUGACACCCUGACACGGAAAGGUAGAUUUGAACCAGCAGAGAGGAGUGCCUGAGAUUCCUAGAGAUGACAGGGUUGCUAGCAGUAUCUGGUGAUUGAUGGUGUCAAACGUUGCAGAUAGGUCUAGCAGAAUCAGGACCGAGCUGUAGCUGUAGUUAACUUGCUGUGUAUGCUUGAACUAGACUAGUAGCUGUUUGUUAAAAAAGAACUAUUAAACUUCCUGCACUGCUUUUAAGGUAACUGUUGUUUAAGUAGCUGUUGUUAGCAGCUAGCCAUCUAGCUCGAGUUACUUUUCACCUAUCACUUUUAGUGACUUUGAAGCCUUGAGCUGUUAAUUGAGAAACUGGGCUCAGCGGUGAAGCAAUCACUGACCCAUUAAGCAAUCAGUGAGCCUGCAUUAUAUUAGCACUGAUUUCUGAUGCGAAAGCCCUCGUUUGAAGACCGACGAGGUAAAGACCUGCGACUCUACCUGCGCGACUCCACCAAGCGUUUUCGUUCCCUUUGCUACUGUCUAUUGUUUUGUUCUGUUUUGCUACUAACAUGUUUCCAGUACAUUCAGACUGUCCACCGUAGAUGCACUCACAAACGUACACUCAGCACGAUCUGCAGUCAGAGCCUUCCACAGUCUGCUUAUCUGGCUGUAGAGCUCUGGACCUGCCAGUCAUCUGUCAACAAGGCAGACUUCAUCCCGGCCUUCGCCAGUCAGUCUAAUCUCAAUGGCACUGACUGAAACAUGGAUCUGUAAAGAGAACACUGCUAACCCAUCGGCCCUCUCCAACAACUUCACCCACACUCCUCGUCUUUCUGGGAGAGGAGGGGGAGCAGGUCAACUGAGAUACUACUUAGAAGAGCUUGACACGCUGCUGUCCUCUAUCCCUGAAGACGGCACUCGACAGGCCUGCACAUGCUACACCCUCUAUCCCCUGGCUUUCUGAGACUCUGCGCGACCAUCGGACCAAGCUAAGGGCUGCCGAGAGGAAGUGGCGCAAGUCUAGAGACCCUGCUGAUCUCUCCAAUAGAGACCAUCAGCAGGCAAUUCUCUACUCAAUGCAUCCCUGAUCUCUCUCUUACCCCUCGAACUUGCAGAAUACAGAGCAGUUACUCAGCACUGCAGAGGAUCAACCAGGACUUAGAGGACAAAAUUCACCAAAAUUCACAGACCCAUGAUGAUGAGAAACGAGCUCUCAGCAGAGAAAUCAUCGUCCUUAACAAUCACCUAAUGGAAGCUAAGAUGACCAUUGAGAAACUGAGAGAGGAUAAUGAUUUAUAUAGGAAAGACUGUAACCUAGCUGCCCAACUCUUGCAGUGCAAUAAGUCUCACUACAGAGCCCAAUUAUCUGAGUUACCUGCAGAAUUUCAGGAGCGUGUAAGCUUGCACAUGGAGGGUUCCGCCCUUUGCCACUCCCCAUAUGCCGACACAGUGCCUACCUCUAUUAUUGCCAAGGUCCUGGAAAAACCAGACAAGGUUUGCAGCAUUCAAGCCUCUCGUUCACCUAGCCCACAACCCCAGGAACGUCAGGGCUUUCUUGUGGGCACAAGCCUUGUAGGUAGCACUGAGCGUCUUGGUCUCCGAGCCACAUACAAAUCUGACCUGUACAACAGUGACACAGCACUUUAUUGCCCUGAUGAACGAAGGCGAGAGCGCAGACCUAGCAUGGACCUCCAUGGGCAGCGGAAUGUCUAUGAACCCCAGAACUCCACCGAUAGCAAUCCAGAAGAGGGUUCCAUGUCCAUACAGCCUAGUUUUUCUCAGGACCACUUCCAAAAGUUUACCACCUCUCUGAGAGGUGGCAGCAGCUCCUACUCCAGCUUUAGUGGAGGAGGGUCAGAAGAUAAGGGUCAGGAUCCUCCUAGUAGUGCUGCAUCUUCUCCACGUCACCAUGCUCUUUACAUGGAAUGGAGGGAUGGUGUUGAAUAUGAGCACAAAAGCGACUCCUCCUGGGAGAGGGAGAGUCCAAGUGCCUUUACUAAGGCCCAUACUUUUCAACCACCUGAGUCCAGCCAUCAUCAGAAUGGUAGCUCACCCAUCUACAGCAGAACCAUGUCCUCUUGUUAUAGUGAACCCUAUGAGCCCCUGCCACCUUCAACCUCACCGAGUAUCACCUAUGGAGACAGUCGUCGUGGAAGUGCUUUUGCUCCUGAGGAAGAAGAGCCGAUUGGUCGAUGGAGGCAACUGAGUGUGGAGGACCUGAGUGCUCACACAUACCGAAGUCCAGGGCGGGCCUCACCCUACAGCUUCUCUGAGCAGCACUUCUCUGUCAGGCCUGCUAAAAUUCGCCUUGGUCCUCUCUACAGUAGCUUUCAAGAGGGUACUGAUGUUUACCAUCAUGCAGGGGUUCUAGACCCUUUCUCCAGCCCCAGUCCUGAGUGCAGUCCAAGUCUACGUCAACAACAAAGUCAGUCUCACCUGUACCGCUCCAAGGAGGACAGCCAAGAGUCUGAGCACAGUCUCUAUACCCCAAAAGAAGGUGGAGUAGCAGCUGGAGGCCAGACGACUGAGUAUGUUGACGAAAGUCCCAACAGUUCAAAUGAGUCGCUGGACCAUGGUUCUCUGGAGAUGGCUGCUGACCUCCAGCAUUAUCAAUCUGAGAAGCGCAGUGUGUCCCCUCAGGGAACCACCCCACCACCUCCUCCACAACAACCGUACCAAAAAUUUGGCACACUAGGACUGUCACGUAAGGACAGUCUCACCAAGGCACAGCUCUAUGGUACAUUACUAAACUGAAACCAAAUAGUAUGGUUACCCCCUCUUGUAAAUAGGUUUUGAAUGUGAAGAUACAGUAAGAGCCAAAUGCAAUUUGGAAUGUUAAAUAUUUUCAUUGUAUGUGAAUUUUUUAUUUUUUUUCCUCUGUUACAGUGUUUUCUAAAGAUUGAAACUGAUCUGGUCACAUUUUUACAGUUAAUAUGGAGCUCUAACUUUUAGUACUAUUUGUAUAGCCUGUUUUGAAUGUUUAUUAAUGGUCCUGUAUGAUUUGUGAGACAGUAACUUAAGUGCAUAAGAUAUAUGGAUAUUGGAAACAUUGCACGAUUUUGAGAGGCUAAUUUAUUUUUAUUUCAAUAGCUUUCUAGGCUCAUAAGAUUUUGUGCAAUGAAUGAUCGGUACAUGCUAUAUUAAAAGAAAUGUUAAUUUUAACAAGAAAUUUAUUUUUAUUAUAGAAUUUAUCAACAGCUGUAUUUAUUGUUAACUAUGCUUUGUCUAUAACAGUUUAAUAAAUGUAACUUUAUGAAGUGACAAAUAUACAGAAUUGUUAAUCAUAUACAGUUUUUCUCAAUUGCUAACAAGCGUUAACCAAUACUUGAGUUCCAAGUACUUUUUCUAAACUCUUAACACAUUGACACACCUACAUCGCACAAUUAGCAAAAUAGUACAUUUUCUGCCCAAAACCACAUUUUGUUAAAUAAAUACAAACUCUACAUUUCAAAAUACUAAAUGUCUUUUUCUACAUAUACUAACUCUCUCAAAACACAGCAAACCCAAAUCUGUCUCCAUGACAGCGCGACUGACUACAGAACGCGCUCAGUCAGUGUUGAACUGCCUGAAACAUUUCAGGCAGUCAGCGGUUCCCCUACAACAAUUUCAGAGGCUCCUGGGACACAUGGCAUCCUCGGCGGGGGUGGUCCCCCUCGGGUUGAUGCACAUGCGACCGCUCCAACACUGGCUACAGAGUCGGGUUCCCUGGAGAGCGUGGCACAUCGGCAGCAGGUGUAUGGUCUUCAUGCCUUUCUGCUGAAGCACCCUAACCCCCUGGUCUUCAAUGACCUUUCUGCGGACAGGAGUCCCCCUAGGGCAGGUCUCAAGGCACGUCGUGGUGACGACGGAUGCCUCCCUGCAGGGUUGGGGUGCCGUGCGAACGGGCACGUUGUGUCCUUCAUGCCACAACACUGGCCGCCCACCGCAGUGGUCGAGGGAUGCUCUUAGGCUCCUCAGCCCAAAAGGUGAAUGAAUGAGCACGCCGUCUUCCUUUUAUACCUGGAUAUCUGGGGCGGAGUCCGGCAUGCAAAUUUAAUUCACCAAUUUCAUUGGCCUUUUCAAAAUAGUCAGAAGAUGAUAGGUUCUCAAGACAAACCCCAUCUGUCGGUUCGACACAACGUCUCGUUCCCUCCAUCAGGGAACAGAGGUUACAUACGAAACCAAGACGUUAACAGUUGCUAGGUGUGGCUGUCAUGUUUAAAUAUAGUGCUAUGUUUUAUAUAGGUUGGAUUUGGUGACUUACUCACCUGAGAAAUAUGAUAAAAAAUCUUUCAUGCUGCCAAAACACUCUUUGUCCAAUAUCUCCAUGAAUACACAUCAAAAACACACCAAAAGCUCACAGAAGACAGUCAUCUGACAGUGAGAGAAAAAUACCAAAAACUCAAAUUGCUCGACUCUAAAUACCUAUCCAAAACAUCCAUGUUACAUUUAACCUUGCGUUACUUUGUGCCUCGCUUACCUCUAGUAUAUGAACUACAUAGUGAAGGAAUCAUUAGUACUUUACAGAAUGUACAAAAUAAGUAAGUUACAGAAUUGCUGCAGUAAAGGCUUUAUUAGCAAUAUGAAAUUGCUGUUAGUAAUAAUAAUGCAUGCCCUUUUUUCAAAGAUAGCAAAAAACAGACAAAAAAGUACAGUGGUAUAUGAUCUUCAGCAUUUGGAUACAUUAUGAUCAUAUUAUGGAAAUACUAUAAAUCUGGCUGUCUCAGAAUGAGACUGCAUCAACUAUUUCUCAAUUAUCACCAAUUAGAAAAGUCUUAUUAGCUCUUUUACUGUAAAUUGCUGUUGUUGCAGAAUAAGAGGUUUUAUACUAUAUUUAGGGAACAUGAGGUCUUCAUUUUUGCAAUGCUGUGUUAAAGCAUUUGUAAAAAAGACACGAAAGAUCCAUGAUUUCGGUAUGGAGAAAGCUUGUGUAAAAAGAAAAUUAAGCAUUUUAGAAACAUGUUAAUUAACUGAAUAUUGUGUGAAAACAACAUGAAUUGUGUUAAUGGAAUGGUUACCGCAGACGGGUGUUGUGCUAAUUGUGUUCAGAGUUUUGAAAAUGUGACUACAGAUUGGUCAAAGGGAUGUUAGCGAUUGAAAAAAAGCGGAAAUUUGCUACAAAUACAGUGAGGCAAUCAGCACAGUCUUACAUGCUGCAUUAAAAUUAUAAUGCCUAAAAUUAUUCAUGAUAAUAAUUUGAGAUUUUACUAAAAUUCAUUGAUGGAUCCUUUUGCAUUUUGAAGAUUUUUUUUUUAAAUAACCUUAAUGUGUUUUACCUCCAAAUGUAUAUAGAAUUUAUUGAAAAUGCUUAGACUCCUGAUGUUUUUAAUUGGCUAGUGGAAUUUAUGAGGUUUUCUUUCUUUUGUUCCACAGUGCUGUAUGUCCCUCCCUCAGGCCCUUUCUACCUCAUGAUUUAAUCCUUCUUUUCUCUUUCACUCAGUUUAGCUGGGAUCAGCUGGGAUUGUGUGUCAGUUGACACAAUGAUGCAUGCAUUUUCUUCUGUUUGACUUUAUCAAAUAAAGCACAAGAGUUGCACCAUAUCUGCUGUUGUAGUGUAUUGAGAAUAAUUGUAUAAAAGGGCCUUUCACAUUAGCACAUUUGGUGCACAGCUUGAUUCGAUUGACAUCAGAGUUCGGUUCAUUUGAACGAUGUGAACACUUUUUUGAAUUUGGGUGGGCACCUGCGAACUAUAUCCAAGUCUGCCUAAAAAGGGUGGUCUGGGAUACGGUACAUGUUGUGGGGGAUUUACAGUAAAAGACCCAUAGACCAGAUAUAAAGGAAUGAAGACAAGAAGUCAGGAAUGCAAUUAAUAGAAUUUACUGAAGAAAAAUAGUUUUUAGUUUUGCCAGUAGAAGUCAGCUUCAACACUCUCAAGGAGUUACACAGGCUGGCAUGCCUCCCAGCUAACACAGUUACGUUGUGACGACGUACCUGGACCAGACCAUAUUCGUUGCCACGACGUACCAUAAUAACGUUCCAGCGACGUAACUUUGUGAUUCCCAUAUUUUGUCAUGUCUUCGGUCUGAUUAUGUUGAUCUCUGUUGUUGUUUUCCUCAUGUGUGUGUGUUUUGACAGUUCCCCAUGUGCGCGUCUCUGCCCCGCCACCUUGUUAUCCCAUUCAUUACCCAUAUCACUUUCACCGGCCUCACAUUUAGUCCUCACCUGUUUCUUGUUUGGUUAAAUGCUUCUCCCUCUAUUUUAGCUCCCCGUGUUCUCUCGUUCUUUGUCAGAUUGUUGUGUGUUACAACGCCACGUUUUGGCACCUUGGAAAUCUCUAGCUUAGUCUAGUAACUAUCUUGUCAUAGGUCUGUCUGAUCUCAGUUAUAGUUUUUUGCUCCAACGAUCUCGUCUCAGACUCCAAUGCCACACUGUAAAAAAUGCUUUUAAAAAACAGCCAAAUUCUGACAGUAACAUACUGUUUUUUGUUAAAACAGUAAUAUACGGUAGAAAACAAUGCAUCCUGGGCAAUAUUUUGCAGUUUAAGAAACUACUGUUAAUUUACAGCCAUCUGUCAACAGUAAUCUACUGUUGUACUGUAUGCAAUGCAUUGUGGGCUGUGUUAACCCCUUCAGUCCCUGAUUCAAUAAGUGAAAGUGAAAGUGAAAAGUGAAGUGACCCCUGCUUCUAACCCAUCCAGAGAGUAGUGAACACACGUACACCCGGAGCAGUGGGCAGCUAUCACUGCAGCGCCCGGGGAGCAAGUAGGGGUAAGGUGCCUUGCUGAAGUCCUACUCUCUAACCAUUAAGCCACGACUGCCCUAAUUUGGUUUAGACCAAUAAAACUGCAUGUUUCUAUCAUUUUAAUAAUACCUCACAGAUUGUUUACCAAGUUAAUGGUAACCUCGUUGUCUUGCCCCUGUUAUAUUUUAUUUGAUUGUUAUGUUUUUCAAAAAAUCUAAAGAUAUUUUAGAGUUGUACAACACAGGAUUUUAUUUAUUUAAUGUCCAUCCCAGUGGACUUGCGGUCUUAAAAAUUAUAAGAUGGCAGACUUUUUUGCACUCCAGCUCAUUACACGCGAUUGGUAUUUCACAAACAUUGAUCCCUUGAUUACCAAGCACAAGCAUAAAUAUGUUCAAAUCAGCCAUCAAAUAUACACAGAAACCCAACAGGCACAAUCAGACAUAUAAGGCAUAUAUAUAGGCUACACAUUUUCUAUUUACUUAUUGUAUUACUCAGUCCUACAAUAAAUAUGUAUUUUUUUAGCAUUUUUUUUACUUUGACUUCUAUCACACUGUUUAGGUUUAAAUUAUAAUUCACAUGGUUAAAACAUGCAAUUUUU